CGGGUUGUACAAGGUUGUCAAGUAAACAAAAGGAUUUUCUCUCUCCUCAAAUUCGGCAUCCUCCUCUUAAAAACCUAACAUCAAAAGCAGCAUCUUGUAGAUCUCUGGCCGGCGGUGCCUUUCCCGACCACCUCUCCUUCUCUGUUGCUGCUAUCAUUGUCAAGUAGUUGCUGCUUCUGGGCUAAUGGGUUGGACAUACUCGAGAGAUGCUCCGGAUACUCUACUGGAGGUAUUCUCAGUGAGGAUGUAUAGUGAUGAAAUUGAUGAUAUUAGUGCAGCCGAAUUUGAUGGUGAAGUGCGGGUUACUGACAUAGCUACAGAUAUAAAUUUGUAUAACCCAAAAGAAGGGGAAAAGCCAGUUCUUCCAGAUGGUACAUUGCGUUUGACAGGGCCUUUUCGUUGCAUAGUUGCCCCAUAUGCAUGCGUGCAUCUCAAUCUUGUGGAGAAGAGUCGGAACCUUGAAGUUUGUAAUGGUGAAUUUGAAUUGAGUCCUUAUGUUAACGUGGUUCCGUAUGACGAGCGUUUGAGCACUCUAGUUUCAGGGAAGCAUGGCUUUGCUAUAAUCAACUUCAUGUUGUACUCUUGUGCUGUUCAGGCUAUUGUCGAGGUUUCACUUGUUACCACUGAUCAUGUUCAUGGGAAUGAUCUGAUUUCCUGUCCUGCAUCCCUUUACGGUUAUAUUCAUGCUAGUAACGACUUGCGCAGUUAUAAUUGUGCUUAUGAUUUGAAGUUUUUCCAAAGUGUUCUGUUUAAUGUUUCAAAGGAGAAUCCCAAAGAGCCAAAUACUUCUGAUGGCUCGAAAAUAGUCCCACUGUCAAGAAGUAUAGUGGCUGUACCGAUCAAGUCCCAACUUAUUAUCAAGGCACAGUUGUUUGAUGCAGGAACUGAGGCUAAUAUUGCAGAUGAUACUGCAUCUUUUAUGGCAGCAACCUCUGGGUCAGAGUCUAGAAUUAUUGGUGGCAUCAUGGUUAAGGUAGACUGGCUUAUUGAUCCUUUUGGUACUCCGGGGACAAUUCGACCAUGUACUGGAGGGAAAUCCACAUCAAGAAGAAAGAGGCUGAGUGAAGCCAUGUCAAAGUAAGGAAUUGAAUAAUACAGAGUAAAGCCUAUAGUUAAUAUGUAUUGCUCUAAGAACUAACUAGUUUAUGCCCGUGCAUUAGCGCACGGGAUAUUUAUUAUUGUAUCAGCUAAUCCUAAUAUAAUCUUAUGGUUAUAACAUAUAUAAUAUCUUAUUUAUAAAACAAAAUUAUUGAUAUACAAA